CACGGGCUGGGAUUUUAAACCACUUUUGCGUGAAUCCAAACACAGGAUUGGAAUAAUGAUAUAGCCGAGAAAUUGUUAUAGGCCAGUAAUUUGACUGCGUAUUCCUCAAGACACUUGAGAUCGGUUGGCACUAUGCGGACCUACCUGGGAGUGUUCGUGCUGGUAUUGGUCUCAGGUGAUGAUACGACAAUUCUCGGUGUCUUAGAAGACAGUGUCCUUCUGCCGUGCACCUGCUUAGAGUUGGACAAGGAGUUUAAGUUUAAGUGGCAGAUGGAAGAACCAAACCCGAUGCUGAUAUACAAGCACAACAAGACCCUUUCCAAUAGAUUCAAGGACAGGGUCAAAAUAUUUCUGACCGAGAACAACGAUAACUGCUCUGUCCUCCUCACCAAUAUCACAGCGGAGGACCAGGGGAGAUACAAAUGCAUUUUUCGCCGUGGAGAUACAUACCAGAAAUCCAAUAUAUAUCUAAAUGUUUCUGCGAGCUUCAUUCUUUGUCAGACCAAAAACAGCCUGAGUGGAGGAGGUGUGAAGGUAUUCCAGUGUAACGUGACAGGGCGCUACAGAGAGGCUCGGAUUCAGUGGACUUUGCAUGGACGGCCUCUCACAGAUUUAACCGAAACUAGAAUAACCCACACAAACAACACAGAUGCUCUGGAUGGACUCUAUCAUUUCAACAGCACACUCAGCACUAGGCUCAACUGGACCUCAGAACCUAGAUGUGACGUCAAGGCCAACAACAUAUCAACGUUGUUAAGCUCUGGCUGUGGAGUAAGGACGGAAAAAAUUGUAGGAAAUUCAAACCGCCUGCAGCAAGUAAGAGUCUGGUUAAAAAUCAUCCACGUGAUGAUGUUUGGACUGACCCUACUCUUGUUGUUGUUGUUUUCAAAGAGGUCGCCGAGCACACAAGAAGUGAAUACCAACAACCUCUGAACACAACAAACCCCAAUGCCACAAAGUAGGCUUACAUACCACUUACAACAUGUGGUUACUUCUGAAUGUGGCAUCAUGCCCACUCAGAUACUGUCCACAGACAGGUUUCAACCUGUGCUCAUGCCACUGAGGGAGUGCUGCGCCUCUGUAAAGGACGUCCACCUUCAGCUGUCAUGGAUGUUUGCAGGGAAGUCUUUAUAAUUAUUCCCUUCAAACUCAAGGACUGUAAGAGGAGAUUGCCCGUGAUGCAUUUAAAUGUAAUCGGUCAUCACAAAAUCAUCACGCAACCAAAAUAGAUUGCUGGAAGUGUGCACUCUUGUGGAUUAUGUAGCAGGUAACAGUGAUGUGAUUCAUAUUGAUAUCAGUCGCCUGCAUUAUUUGGACAGCUGCAUUGUUGACAUGGUAAACAUUUUUGAAAUGCAAGAGAAUUUUUUUUUUGAUUCCAUAUCCUUCAUUAAAGAAAAACAGCAUGAAACAGCCAUUGAAUCUACUUUGGUGGUUAUGCUGUACUGUAACUGCCACGAUGUGAGAAAAGAAAAAUAAUGACAGAGAGAUGUUUACUGUGGAGAUUUUAGAUCUGAUUUUAAAACACUUCCACCAUUAUGUAAAAUAGGAUUCCUGGGGUCAUUGUGUGACCAUGAGGGUGAUAUUUUAUAGCACAAUGCUUAUAGUCUGCACUAUGCUUUGUGUAUUAUGUUUACUGUUUUUUUAUCCCAAAAUUAAAUGGACAAGCUAUUUCUUUUCUUACAAUAGGUUGUGUUCAAAUGGAGCGUGUCCUUCUGCCUUUGUGAUAUCGUUACACUGAAUGUUGUUGCUUUGCCAGAUUUGUUUUUACUUUAUAUAAAUAAACGGGUUACAGUCAUUAGACGCCAACCAUCUAUGCCUGUUAAUGAUCCCAAACAGAACAAUUAAACAGACAGAGACUUUUCCCUUUUCCAGUCUAAAUAGAUGUUGUUGAAACAUAUUGCUGGUCCCAAUGGCCAUUCCACCAUUGGUCCCCUGAUCUGGGUUUGUUCAGAAGCUUUCCUUAUAGCUGAAAACAGGAGAGCCCAUCCAAUCUGAAGAAAAAGAGGGUCAAGGUCAAAAACAAAGUCUAAAAUAAAAGAAAGCGUUGCUGGGUUAGAAUACCAGAACAACCCACCCACACCCCAGUUCAGCCCGUGUAUCCUUUUGUACCUUUUCCUUGAUAAAGUUGUGUAUCCUCUCA